AUGUCUUCCAACUACUCCUACUCCAAGCCAAAGGCACCUGCCUACGCACCUCGCUCGACCUCCUACUCGUCUACCUCGAACUCAAUCUACGCCAAUUCUGCCACUUCUUCACGGUCGAAUCGUGGCUAUGGCAGCAAACCGACCCCGGUAGUCGUCCACAAUGGAGGUGGACAAACCAGCGACUCCACAACCAGCUCCUCGGCUAGCAACUCUGGCUACUACCAGUAG